UGCCGCGGCAUCCAACGUUUGAUCAGCUUCCACUCAGCGCGCGCGCUGCGCCUGCCCGGCAGCACAGCACGUCCAUAUAUACGUGCGCGCGCGCGGCGGGCUCGUGCGUGGGCAGAGCACCGCCUCGCCAGCUUGAGUACUUGACAGUUCACUCUCGCUGCAGCGGAGGAUCUUCCCUUCCUUCUUUAGCUGUUGCUUUCUGGAAGUGUGUGCGGUGAUGGGGACGCUCCUGGCGCGCGUCGCCGUGGUUGCUCUCGCGGCGGCGGCGGCCGCUGUCGUCGUCGAUGGCCAGAUGUCGCCGGCGUUCUACGACGCCACGUGCCCGGCGCUGCAGUCCGUCGUGCGCCGCGGCAUGGCGCAGGCCGUCCAGAAGGAGGCGCGCAUGGGCGCGUCCAUCCUCCGCCUCUUCUUCCACGACUGCUUCGUCAAUGGGUGCGACGCGUCCGUCUUGCUGGACGACACGGCCAACUUCACGGGGGAGAAGAACGCGGGGCCGAACGCCAACUCGUUGCGCGGAUACGAGGUCAUCGAUGCCAUCAAGGCGCAGGUCGAGGCUUCCUGCAAGGCCACCGUCUCCUGCGCCGACAUCGUCGCGCUCGCCGCCCGCGACGCCGUCAGCCUGCUCGGGGGGCCGAGCUGGACGGUGCAGCUGGGCCGGCGAGACGGGCGCUCGGCGAGCCAGAACGCGGCGAACACCAACCUGCCGCCGCCGGACGCGAGGCUCGCCGACCUCCUCACCAGGUUCAGCGACAAGGGCCUGGACGCGCGCGCCCUCACCGCGCUGUCCGGGGCGCACACCGUGGGCUGGGCCCGCUGCACCACCUUCCGCACGCACAUCUACAACGACACCGGCAACGCGGCCGUGGACGCCGCCUUCGCCACGCAGAUACGCGCCAAGGCCUGCCCUUCCGCCGGCGGCGACGGGAACCUCGCGCCGCUCGAGCUGCGCGCCCCCGCCGCAUUCGACAACGGCUACUUCCAGGACCUCGUCGCCCGCCGCGUGCUCCUGCGCUCCGACCAGGAGCUCUACGGGAGCGGCGUCGGCGACGGCAGCACGGACGCGCUCGUGAGAGCCUACGCCGCCAACGCCACGCUCUUCGCGGUAGACUUCGCCGCCGCCAUGGUGAGGAUGGGCAACCUGGCGCUCACCGGGAAGAACGGCGAAGUCCGGCUAAACUGCCGGAGAGUGAACUGAGCUGAAUGAGCAGAUGAGCGAAUGAAUUCCUGAUGUACGCAUCGAAAAGCAUAAAGUGGUUGACGAAGAUACA